AUGACUCAGGAGGGGGUCAAACCUACUUACCCAAACCCCAAAUCGCUCCCCCCUUCCCCCCGUGGCCUUCUGGGAGCUCAGACCUCAUCUCUGUCUCUAGAUGAUGCCAGGUCCCUCGGCUCCAGCAUGGCGUCCCCUCGGAACACCAGCCGCAGGAAGAGAACCAGUUUUUCCAAAGAGCACGUGGAGCUGCUCAAGGCCACGUUUGAGACCGACCCGUACCCCGGGAUCAGCCUCCGGGAGAGUCUGUCCCAAACCACCGGCCUACCAGAGUCUCGCAUCCAGGUCUGGUUUCAGAACAGAAGAGCCCGUACUCUGAAAUGUAAAGGUGCUAAAAAGUCCCUGUGGCAGUCUGACAGUCCGGUCCACGAUGCCCUCCUCACGCCUCACGUCACCAAACACGUCCCAACGACCUCCCAAGCGCCGCCGCCCGUCUUCGUGAAGGAGGAGCAGGGGGAGCCGUGCUUUUACAACCAGCGCCCCCCAGCUUACAGCACGCCCGUGUACAACCACAUGAAAAGCAGUCCCUCGUUUCCCGGCUACUGGUCUCAAAAUGUCCGCCAAACAUCCCCGGUCCCGCUGCAAUGGUCCAACGCAAACUUCGCCCAGAGUUCGUUCAUGCUCCCCGGGGUGUCCACCACGCCGGACACCCCCGAUUCUGGAUUUUGGGACAGUGCCAUGGACGUGAGCCCCCAGAUGAUCGGAGUUUAUGGGUAUUCACAGUUGGACGAUUCGUGGGGCACCGUGGCAGCAGAGACCCCCGCUCCGGCCGCACACGCCCCCCUCCCCGAACUGUCCCUGCAGGAGAUUCUGGGAGAGCUGGAGGAGGACUGGCUCGGGGGGGAGGAGAACAACCCCUUCUGCUGA